AUGGAGAUAAGUGAAGAAGACAAAAGAAAGCUUAUCGAGGCGGACCUUCGAGGCGAAUGGUGGGAGGGUUUAGAAGAUGCGGCGGUUCGGGAGGAAAGAAGAAGAAGAAGAAAACUUGAAAAUGAAGAUGAUGCUUUAGAUGCAGCAGCAGAGCAGCAGGAGCUGCAGCAGCAGCAGCAGCAGCAGCAGCAGCAGGGCUCUAAGAAGGGCGCGCGGAUCACAGCGGGAGACAGCGAAGACGAACUGCAGCAGCAGCAGCAAGGGACAAACACGAAGGAAGCUGACAAACAUAAAUCCAGCAGCAGCAGCAGCAGCAGCAGCGGGGACAAGGACAAAGCGCGAAGCUCAGAAAAGGGAAAGUCACAGGACCCGUCGCGGCCGAGCAGCAGCAGCAGCAGCAGCAGCAGGAAGUCUUGCAAGGAGCUGCGGAAGUUUUUUCAAGAAGAAGAAGAACUUCCCGAGGGUUUAAAACACAAACCCUUGACGAAGCUAAAUGACCACAGAGAUCUUGUUAAUAAAGUCAAUCGCGUAAAAGAAACCAUUCAAGUCAUCGAAAACUCGAAGAAGAUCAUGGCAAUGGUUCCAACGGAGAAGUCGGAGCUGUUCGCGUCGAAGAUCGACUGGAACAUUCUCGCGAAGGGCGAAGUGCUGGAGAAGAAGCUGCGGCCGUGGGUGAAGAAAAAGGUGAUCGAGUUUAUGGGCGCAGACGAAAGACUUGUGGGCGAAGUCAUUGACUACAUUUUGGGAAGAAUUAAAGAAAAAACUUCUCCAAAAGUGCUUUUGGAGGAGUUUUCCAGGUUCUUAGAUGAUGAAGCUGAAGGCUUCCUCAAACAUCUCUGGCAGCUGCUGCUGUUCGAGCAAAUCCGGCUCAAAAAGUGA